GAGGCACGGAAUCGGUCCUCCUCCGCCUACGUGGUUCGCGCGCCAUCUAGUGGAGCUCACAGAAGGGAAGAAAGCCCCACGAAGACACACACACACAGCUCAGGGUUGGGCUGGCUUCCCCUCUGGGUCAAUUCCCCAUGGCAAAACUGACCGUAUUUCAACUUUACCAGUGCACAGGGGGCAAAUGUGGUACACAUCGUUAGGAGGUUGCUUAAAGGCAUGGGAUGUUUAAGAAAGAGGAUAAAAGACUUUGAGAACCUAUUAAGAAAGUCAAGAAGUACUGUUAGUUAUUCCAGAAAGUAGCACUCUAAAAUUAUAAGUACUCUGGCUGAGAAAACAAAUAAUACUUCUCUCUGAAUAUGAGAAACACAAAAAGGAAGGAAGAGGAAAAAAGAGAAAGCAUGGGGAGAAAAUGAAAGAGGGAGACAGGAUAGCAUAAUGCUGGGUAGAUAGUUCUAAAUCUGGGUUCAAAUUUCAGAGCUACCACUUACCGUUCGUGCGAUGUUGAGAAAUUUAUUUAAACUUACUAAGCUUCAAUUUGUUCAUCUGUAAAAUGGGGGUCAUCCCCCCUACCUUGUAGGGAUGCUAUAAGGGUUAGAUAAAGGAAGAUACAAAAGCACCAGGCCCAGGGAUGCAUGUGAAAAUGCACAAUAAAUGGUAGUGUUAUGAGUAGGGAAAAGACAAAAGUAAAAGAGAAGGAAAGAAGAAAGCUCAGUAAGGGAUAGAUGUGGAACACAUUAUGAUGUAAGAAAGAAAAUAACAUCUAGGACUUCCAACUUAGCAGAGGCAUUUAUGUGAUCAACUUAACAGGUGAAUCUCAUGAAAGGGGGAGUCUUCCCCGACCCCAGUAGAUACAGAGUCUCUGUCUGAAGUUCACCUUUGUUAGUGUAUUCACGAGUGUCAGAAAGGGCUUCACAGGAGAGCCUUCCCUCUUGGCACACCUUGGUCUUGAAGCUGUGGGCUGAGAACCCCACAUUCAACUCCCUACGGGUCUUUAAUUCAGUGCUGGGAGUUUGUGUGAAGGAAAGGUAAAUGUGACCAGUCGGAGAUGGGACUGAUCAAGGGGGUGGCAAUUAGGAACCAGUGAGGGUAACCAUUAACACGACCUAGCUUGAAGGAGUCUUCCGAGAAUCCUGGUUCACCACUGUCUAUGGCCGUUAAUCCCGAUUGAAUGGUGCUCUUUCAGAGACUGGGCUAAAUAUCUGUAUACUCCGAGGCACCUUCUCUCACCACCAAGAGCUAAAUCCCCCUGGCAGGUCCAGGAGGUGGAUGCACAGAGCUGUCUCAGUCUCUCCUUUGGAACCUGAUAUGACAACUUCUAAGGAUUGCCUAAAACCCUCCAGACAGCAGAAGCCUCUGGGAGCACAAUACUGCACUACACCCCCCCAAGCCCCCAGACACACGAUCAUGUUCUCUGAGGAAGCUCUCUCUUAGCCUAGCGUCUCUAGCCAGAGCCCAGAACUAGAGAUCAUAAUGCCCUUCUCCUGAUGUAAUGACCAAUCACAAUCUCAGGAGAACAGCAGCCAUUGCUUACAUUUCUAACCUUUUACCAGCUUCCUUCCAUGCCAAAGAGAAAACUAGGAACAAGAACUCAGUAAUAUGAUCCCCAAUUAGCAUAAAAUAAAAACAACCCAGUCAUGUUUUCCACGGGCUUUUCCAACCUCAAACUAAACACAUGAAACAGGGAGAAAGAGAUAAAAAUAUACACAUGGAACUAUAAAUAUAUAUAUAUACUGUCUGUGGAUGUGCCGCCUAGCACCCUGAGCCAAACGAGUAUCUGUCUCUAGGAAAGCCAAGCAGCCAGAUGCAGAAAUCUGAGAAUUUUCCCUUUCCAAAGUACAAUGUGAGUACAGACAGGAAGGGAAACUAUCCUUCCUGGCAAGGAAGGGGUUAAGUCCUCAGCCAUCCUAUUCUAAAGUGAUUUAUGAUGAUGGGUAGUGUUUCAAAACUCUCCCCCACCCCAAAGAGCAGCCCUCCCCUUCCCCACCGAGAGUCCACUCUCAACGUGCUGAAGUGAGAAGGAGGUGGUGUUUUGCUGAUCUGUUAAAUUCUUAGUGAAGUUUCCUUGAUUUCCAGCGGCUGCUGUUGUUUGAGUUUGGUUUGGAUCAAAACUGAGGUUGUCCUGGCAUUUCUGGGACCGAGUCCAGGCAAGAGGAAGAAGAAAAAGGAGAAGGAAAAGAGGAGGAAAAAAAAAAAAAAAAAAAAAAAGGUGGGGAGAAAUAAAGGGAGGAGAGAAGCGCAGGAAAAGAAAAAAAAGUCUUUUUCAACAUCACAUUCCUGUGUUUUCCCUCAGCCUGGAAAACAUAUUAAUCCCAGUGCUUUUACGCUUGGAAACAAAGGGACUAAGCCAGACUGUGGGGGAAAGGGUGAUAAGAAGGAUCCUGGAACUCUAAAGAGAGAGCAAGAUUCAGGACUAGCUGGGACUCCACUUCCAGGGGCGCCCUGUGUUGUCGGCACAGGAGGCUGACACACACAGACACACAAGACCGAGCAGAAACUACAGACAAAUGGAGAAGCAAAGACUUACAAGGACAGCUCCUUUCACCUCAUCCUACUUGUCAAGAAGGUGAAAAGACAGCCAGAGGAAAGAAGAAAGCAGCUCAGCCCUCAGGUCAGGACAGGCUGUGGGUCGGUGGCGCCUUUGGGAGCUGGAGUUGCAGCACACCCCCCUUUGUACCGCUCAGCCUGCAAAGGAGAAAGAGGCUUGGGAGGAAAAGUAUUUCAUCUAGAAAACUGUCCUGGGACCACACUUCAGAUUGCCUUUUAAAUCCUCUGCAUUCCAUCUCCAUGAGCCACCGUUGGAUUGCACAAUGACAUGGAGAAUGGGACUCAGUGUUACCAUGCUGCUGGCAAUGUGGCUGGUGUGCGGAUCAGAACCCCACCUCCAUGCCAUGCAUAGAGGGAGCCACGGAGGGCGGAAGGUGCCCCUGGUCUCCCCCGUCCACAGAAGGCCAGCUCGGCUUCUGAGGCACACAGGGAAGGCUCAGGGACUUGAGAGAACCACUGUGGAAGAACCAAAGCUUCCGCCUCUCCAAAGAAGGAGGAGUGUGCCGGUGUUGAGGGUGGCCCCCGCAACAGCCCCGCCAGCCCGGCCGCGCGGCAGUGGAGCCCCGGCGAGACCGAAGCAGAGACCAGGAGCCCCGAGCUCCCCGCGUGACAUGAUCCGAGAUGAGGGGUCCUCAGCCCGUUCCAGAGUGUUGCGCUUCCCCUCUGGGUCCAGCUCUCCCAACAUCCUCGCCAGCUUCGCAGGGAAGAACAGGGUGUGGGUCAUCUCGGCGCCGCACGCCUCGGAAGGCUACUACCGCCUGAUGAUGAGCCUCCUGAAGGACGAUGUGUACUGCGAGCUGGCCGAGAGGCACAUCCAGCAGAUCGUGCUGUUCCACCAGGCCGGCGAGGAAGGAGGCAAGGUGCGCAGGAUCACCAGCGAGGGCCGCGUCCUGGAGCAGCCCCUGGACCCCAACCUCGUCCCAAAGCUCAUGAGCUUCUUGAAGCUGGAGAAGGGCAAGUUCGGCAUGGUGCUGUUGAAGAAGACGCUGCAGGUGGAGGAGCGCUACCCGUAUCCGGUCAGGCUGGAGGCCCUGUAUGAGAUCAUCGACCAGGGCCCCAUCCGCCGGAUAGAGAAAAUCAGGCAGAAGGGUUUUGUCCAAAAAUGUAAGGCGUCUGGGGUAGAGGGCCAGGUGGUGGAGGAGGGGAACCAUGGUGGAGGAGCCGGAAGGCCAGGCCUGAGCGGUGAGAAGAGAAAAGAAGACCAGAGGCGAGCACAAGUCCCGCCGACCAGAGAGACUCGGGGGAAGGUGCUCAGGAAGCCGGCCACCGCCACGGCCGCUGCUCCCCCCGCUCCUCCAACCCCAAGGGCCGCCACCACCCUGUCUCCUGCUGCAGUGCCAACAGUGACCCGGGCCACCUCUCGGGUGGUCACCGCGGCUGCAAGACCGACAACCACCACGGCCUUUCCCACCACCCAGAGGCCCUGGACCCCCAGGGCGCACCCCUCCUCGGACGCCCACCGACCCCCAGCAACUGCUGAGGUGGCCACGGCCAGGGAGCCCGGGGCCUCGGAGAAUCUCUACCCCCAGCCCAGGAAGGAGCAGCACAGGGAGAGGCUGCAGGCCACCAGGAGGCCCAGCAAGGCCACCAGCUUGGAGAGCUUCACGGCUGCCCCUCCCACCACCGCCUCGGAGCACAGCACGCGGGCAGGCGCAGGCCGUCUCCGGGACAACCGCACCGACCGGCGGGAGCACGGCCACCGGGACCCAAACGUGGUGCCAGGUCCUCACAAGCCAGCGAAGGGGAAACCUCCCAAAAAGAAAGUCCAGGACAAAAUCCUUAGCAAUGAGUAUGAGAGUAAAUACGACCUCAGCAGGCCAACUGCCUCUCAGCUGGAGGACGAGUUGCAGGUGGGGAAUAUUCCCCCCCAGAAAGCAAAGGAAUCCAAAAAGCACGAAAAGCUGGAGAAACCUGAGAAGGAGAAGAAAAAAAAGGUGAAAAACGAGAAAACAGACAAGUUACUCAAGAGUGAAAAGCAAGUGAAGAAGGAUAAGGCUGAGAAAAAGAGCCGGCAGGAGAAAGAGAAGAGCAAGAAGAAAAAAGCAGGGAAAACAGAGCAGGAUGGCUACCUGAAACCCACCACAAAACACUUCGCUCAGAGUCCCAGGAAGUCCGUGACCGAUCUGCUGGGGUCCUUUGAAGGCAAGCGACGACUUCUUCUGAUCACCGCUCCUAAGGUUGAGAACAACAUGUAUGUGCAACAGCGAGAUGAGUAUCUGGAAAGCUUCUGCAAGAUGGCCACCAGGAAAAUCUCCGUGAUCACCAUCUUUGGCCCUGUCAACAACAGCACCAUGAAAAUCGACCACUUCCAGCUAGAUAAUGAAAAACCCAUGCGAGUGGUGGACGAUGAGGACCUGGUAGACCAGCAUCUCAUUGGUGAGCUGAGGAAAGAGUAUGGAAUGACCUACAAUGACUUCUUCAUGGUGCUCACAGACGUGGACCUGAGAGUCAAGCAAUACUACGAGGUACCCAUAGCAAUGAAGUCUGUGUUCGAUUUGAUCGAUACAUUCCAGUCCCGAAUCAAAGAUAUGGAAAAGCAGAAGAAGGAGGGCAUUGUUUGCAAGGAAGACAAGAAGCAGUCAUUGGAGAACUUCCUGUCCAGGUUCCGAUGGAGGAGGCGGUUGCUGGUGAUCUCUGCCCCUAAUGAUGAAGACUGGGCCUAUUCACAGCAGCUCUCGGCCCUCAGUGGCCAGGCCUGCAAUUUUGGUCUGCGUCACAUAACCAUUCUGAAACUUUUAGGGGUUGGAGAGGAAAUUGGGGGAGUUUUAGAACUGUUCCCAAUUAACGGGAGUUCUGUUGUGGAGCGAGAAGACAUAUCAGCCCAUUUGGUGAAAGACAUCCGUAACUAUUUUCAAGUGAGCCCGGAGUACUUCUCCAUGCUUCUAGUUGGAAAAGAUGGAAAUGUCAAAUCCUGGUAUCCUUCCCCAAUGUGGUCCAUGGUGAUUGUGUAUGAUUUAAUUGAUUCGAUGCAACUCCGGAGACAGGAAAUGGCCAUUCAGCAGUCACUGGGGAUGCGCUGCCCAGAAGAUGAGUACGCAGGCUACGGUUACCAUAGCUACCACCAAGGAUACCAGGAUGGUUACCAGGAUGACCACCGUCAUCAUGAGAGUUACCACCAUGGCUAUCCUUACUGAACAGAAACACGUAACCGUAGCCCCAGCCAGUUUCCCCUGCAGCUGUUAAAGCCAUAAGUGGCCAGCUAUGCAAAGGAGUUCUUCCACACUGCCUACAUUCCCUGCCUUUUUCUUUCUGUGUUCUUCCAAGAUUAAAUAAAUAGCAAACUUUUGCCUA